AGCCGCUGUGCAGCACCUCCCUGUGAGCUCGGUCCACCAAUUCGGAGCGCGGCUCCUUCCCUCUCCCAGUCCCUCUCCCUCUCACACACACACACACACACACAUCUCGACUCCUCCGUUCUUACGUCUGGAUUUCCCAGUGCAAAAAUAGCCGGACGCAGGAAAACGUGUUGUGCGGCGGCGAGAGUGCGGGAACGGCUGGUUUAAAAGCGGAGGGAAGGAGGAGCAGGCAAUAGGGAAAGGAGAGAGCGAGACAGAGUCACAGCAGAAUGUGCAUUGACGUGGUGAAAAGUGCAGCGAGAGAGCACCAGUUUUGAGCUCGGCCCUCUGAAAGAUCUAAUUGCUUCCACACACACAAAAAAUGGACUCGGACGCCGGUAGCAAACGCGUCUCCUUUUCCCUCUCCUUCAUCAGCCUCUGCAUCUUCUUGACAACAGCCCACUCUUAUGACUGCGAUGAUCACUUAGUGUCUGAUUUGCCUCAGUUGGUGUUCGAUUCUUCCUCAGAGUUGUCUAGCAGUCACAGCCCUGGCUUUGCAAAGCUCAACAGACGCGAUGGAGCAGGUGGCUGGUCCCCACUGGAAUCAAAUAAACACCAAUGGUUGCAGUUAGAUCUCGGUGAGAGGACAGAGAUUACUGCCAUAGCAACUCAAGGUCGAUAUGGUAGUUCAGACUGGGUUAUAAGUUACCUGCUGAUGUUCAGUGAUACUGGAAGGAACUGGAAGCAAUAUCGUCAGGAAGACAGUAUUUGGGCUUUCACAGGGAAUGCCAAUGCAGAUGGUGUUGUGCGACACAAGCUGCAGCACUCCAUUAAAGCAAGACUGCUUCGCUUUGUUCCUCUUGAGUGGAAUCCACAUGGCAGAAUAGGGAUGAGAGUUGAAGUUUAUGGCUGUUCAUACAAAUCUGAUGUCGCCGACUUUGAUGGCAGAAGUUCACUACUCUACAGGUUCCAUCAGAAGAGCAUGAGCACGGUCAAGGACAUAAUUUCCUUGAAAUUCAAGACAAUGCAAAGUGAUGGAGUUAUGUUGCAUGGAGAAGGACAACGCGGAGAUCGUAUUACACUGGAGCUAAAGAAAGGCAAACUUUCAUUGCAGAUCAAUUUAGGUGACACCAAGUUGCAUUCCAUCAGUAGUCACACCUCAGUGACACUGGGGAGUCUGCUGGACGAUCAGCACUGGCACUCCAUUACCAUCGAACGCUACAACAAGCAAGUGAACUUUACUGUGGAUCAGCACACACAGCACUUUCGAACCAAAGGAGAUUUCGAUUAUCUGGAUAUUGAUUACGAGCUCAGUUUUGGAGGAAUCCCAAUUCCAGGCAAAUCGGUGACUUUUCGGAGGAAGAACUUUCAUGGCUGCAUUGAAAAUCUAUAUUACAAUGGAAUGAAUAUCGUUGAUCUGGCAAAGAGGCAUAAACCUCAGAUACACAUUAUGGGCAAUGUAACUUUUUCAUGUUCAGAGCCACAUAUCAUUCCAGUCACAUUCAUGAGUUCCAGCAGUUACUUGUUGCUGCCUGGCCCACCUCAACUGGAUGGACUGUCUAUCAGUUUCCAAUUCCGCACUUGGAACAAGGAUGGUCUCUUGCUGCACAGUGAACUUCGUGAAGCAUCUGGAACUCUACAGAUUCAUCUAAGUGAUGGAAAGCUGAAAAUAGCCAUUCUGAAACUGUCAAGGACCCAAACUGACAUUGCUACAGGUAAGCACUUGAAUGAUGGGCAGUGGCAUUGCAUUCAUUUCAAUGCAAGAAGGAAUCAUGUCAGUAUCACACUGGACAAUGAUGCUGCAUCGACGGUUCAUUCAACUGUGCAGAUUCAUUCAGGAAACAGUUAUUAUUUUGGAGGCUGCCCUGAAACUGUCAGAAAUGCUGGAUGUUCAAAUCCCUUUGGUGCUUUCCAUGGCUGCAUGCGACUCAUCUUCAUAGACAAUCAGCCAGCAGAUCUCAUUCUGGUUCAGCAAGGCUUGCUCGGAAACUUUAGUGACCUUCAACUAGACUUGUGCGGUAUUGUAGACAGAUGUUUGCCAAAUUACUGUGAGCAUGGCGGAGAAUGCUCACAGUCCUGGAGUACCUUUUACUGUGACUGUACAGGAACAGACUAUAAAGGAGCUACCUGCCACAAUUCGGUGCAUGAACAGUCAUGUGAAGCUUACAAACACACUGGGAAUACAUCAGGUUUCUUCUUCAUUGAUCCAGAUGGCAGUGGUCCAGUGGGACCGCUCUUGGUAUACUGUAACAUGACAGAAGAUAAAACCUGGACAGUGAUUCAGCACAACAAUACUGAGCUAACCAAAGUGAGAGGUUCGAAUGUAGAGAAGCCUUACCUAAUGCAGCUAAACUACAAUGCCAGCAUGGAACAGCUUCGAGCCAUGAUUAACAGCAUGGACUAUUGUGAGCAGAAAGUGGCCUACCACUGCAGGAAGUCACGCCUUUUAAACACGCCAAAUGGUGUACCAUUCACAUGGUGGAUCGGGGGAGCCAAUGAAAAGCAAGUUUACUGGGGCGGUUCAUCGCCAGGAGUUCAAAAAUGUGCCUGUGGAUUGGCAGGGGACUGUUUAGAUACAAACUAUGACUGCAACUGUGACGCUGAUAAUGAUAAAUGGGCUAAUGACACAGGACAUCUUUCGUACAAAGAUGAUUUACCUGUAACGCAGAUUGUUAUUGGGGACACAGACAGAACACAUUCAGAAGCUGCCUAUAGGGUUGGACCACUUCGUUGCUAUGGUGACAGACAUUACUGGAAUGCAGCAUCAUUCAACACUGAAUCUUUCUAUCUCCACUUCCCCACAUUCCACGGUGAGCUGAGUGCGGAUAUUUCAUUUUUCUUCAAAACGACAGCUUCCUCAGGCGUUUUCCUGGAGAAUCUUGGAAUUAAGGACUUCAUAAGAAUUGAGCUGAACUCUCCAUCUGAGGUGGUUCUUUCAUUUGAUGUGGGUAAUGGACCAUUUGAGGUGACUGUGAAAUCACCUACGCAUUUGAACGACAAUCAGUGGCAUUAUGUUGAAGCAGAACGAAACAUCAGAGAGGCCUCCCUUCAAGUGGAUCACCUGCCAAGGAAAGCUCAAGAGGCCCCCUCUGACGGACAUAUCCAGUUGCAGCUCAGUAGUCAGCUGUUUGUCGGUGGAACUGCCUCGAGGCAGAAAGGAUUCCUUGGAUGUAUUCGCUCUUUAAGGUUAAAUGGAGUCACCCUUGAUCUUGAGGAAAGAGCCAAAAUUACCCCUGGGGUGAAGCCAGGAUGCCUGGGACAUUGUAGCAGUUAUGGUAACCUGUGUCACAAUGGAGGGAGAUGUAUAGAGAAGUACAAUGGUUACUCAUGCAACUGUAGUCACUCUGCUUAUGAUGGGCCAUUCUGUAAAAAAGAGAUUUCUGCACUCUUCGAGCCUGGAACAUCACUGAUCUACACACUAGAUGGAUCUUCCACCAUUGUCAAGAAUUUAAGUGGUCCUUCAUCUUUCACAUCCUCUGACAUCACUCUCUUGAAGGAGAAUAUUGCAUUCAGUUUUCGAACUACACAUGCACCUUGUAUUCUCCUUUAUGUUAGUUCUCUUAAUGGGGAAUAUUUGGCUGUAACUCUGUCGAGAAAUGGGAGUUUUCAAAUAAGAUACAAACUGGACGGCGAUAACGAUCCUGUUUUCUUGAGUAUUGAUACCAGAAACUGGGCAAAUGGCCAGGUUCAUAGUGUCAAGAUCGAUCGAGAAGGGCAAGCCAUCUACAUUCAGAUUGAUCAAUUCACGACUGUGGAGUAUAGCCUCCCUUCAGAUAUGGAUCUCAGAUUUAAUUCUGUUAGAUCUCUUACUCUUGGCAAGAUUGUGGACAGUGAUAAUCUAGAUAAAGAGACGCACAGAGCGAACACAGAAGGCUUCGUUGGCUGCCUGUCAGCAGUCCAGUUCAAUGGGAUUACUCCUCUGAAAGUUGCGUUACAAAAUUCAGGUUCUCCUUUAGUCUCCAUAAAAGGGCGUUUUGUUGAAUCAAGUUGUGGAUCUGCCCUCAGGAGCGAAUCAACAGCAAUCACCACAUCACACUCUCUAACAGAUCAUUCUGGGACGAUAGAUGUGGGUCAACCAUUAAAAAAUUCAGUCAGAGGUGACUCAGCAGUCAUUGGAGGUAUUAUAGCAAUCGUGAUCUUUGUCAUCCUCUGCAUCGUUGCUGUAACAGGACGCCUGUUGUACAGGCACAAAGGCACGUAUCGCACCAACGAAACAAAGGGGGUGGAAUAUGCUGAAAAUACUGACACCACACUGAAGAACAAUGCCACUUAUCAGGACUCCAUUAGUGAAGGCAAGAAGGAAUAUUUCAUCUGACAGUGAUACAAGCCCUUCUCAUUACCUCAGUUACAGCAGAAGAUUAAUAACACUAACAGCUGGGACUCACUGACUGUACAAUGAGUUAACAAUGGACUCUGCAGCCAAAAUGGCCAAAAGUUAGCACAAAGUACUGUACAUGGCAUAGGACUGGUUUUCAUGAUCAGAUGGGGCAGAAUUUGUUGUUUUCUGUAAACUGUGGAUGAGUUUAGCAGAAUAGAUAUACAAAUUCUAUCGAAUUUGAAAAAUGUUUAUAAACAGCUAUUAAAAGGUGAAAUCUUUUACUUUAAGUGGCCCAAAGCAGAUAUCCCAUUUAUGUCAAUAGCAUUAUUUUAAAAGCUGGCUGGGGAAAGAUGGUGCACACGUCCACCGAAGCAGUUAAGUGAUAUAGAAAAAAGUUCAAACUAAAUCAGAUUCACUAAAGAUUCUGAUCAGUGGAACUUCAAUAUUGACUUAAUAAAUGCAACUUUGAUAGAAAUCAUCUUUUUUUAUUCAGUGAUCUGUUCCAUUCAUUCCAUCCAUGAGGAGUCAGUUGAUUUCUUCCUCCUGUGCUUAAGUUGGUUUUGCAAUAUUUUUGCACACACUUGUAAUUGUGCAGGGUUACACCAGGGACUGUGGUUAGCACAAGAGACAUGAAGGGAGACAGAUUCUAAUUUCCUAUAAAUUGACUUUGGAACAGGCAAAACAAAAGAAGUUUAGAUCACCAAGUUUAUAAAGUGCAUUGUGACCUAAAUAGCCUCAGGCAAACAUGGAUCUGUUUGGCAUGUAUUUCAUUCAUAGCUCAACUUGCAGUCUGUAAGACCACAGCAAAUGGACCACCAUACAGUUUGAAUUAAACAAUACUGCUUUUUGUUUGUCUCAACACAGUUUGUGUAACACAAAGCUGCUCUGUUCCUGUUGGUAGUAGACUAGCAAUCUUACCAGAGAUGCUGCAUUGUAGACAGUAUAAGGAUUUCUUCUUGAAAAUCUCACCUUUGCAGGAACUGUCCACUUUACACAGUGCCAGAUCAAAAGCACCCUGAUCCUAAACUGAAUGAUCUUAUACUUGAACUGAGUCUGCUUGAUGCUAGUACUGGGUUUCCAAAAUGGGAAGUGUUCCUUUCCCCAAAUACUAACAUCCUACAAAUAAAUGUGACAUUGUUAUAAAAGAUGUGUUUGUUCAUAAUAUGGUCCAGAGAUAGUGAGCACAGUAGUCCAUUCUGAGUAGGUAGUUUUCUAAUUAAACCCUUUCAUUUGAACAUAUAAUCUUCCCUUUUAUUAUUCAGUGUGUCUUUGGUACAUACUAUCAGCAACAUUUAAACCAACAACAGACUAAUUUAUAAGAAUCAAAACCUUCUUUUUGUUUCUAUAAUGUGACUGAAGUGCUAUGAUGCUGAAUUUAAAAUGACUGCUGCAGCCUUACAUAUAUUUAUAAAAGUGCUUUGUAAAAGUGUUCUGUGUUACAACUUCUUGAAGUACCUCCUUGUGUGAAAAUUUUACAACUCUUUUGUAAAAAAAAGGAACAUCCAAUGUCAUGUUAACACUCAUCCUGGAUUCAAAGUGGUCAAGUGUAAAUUUAAACAGUUGUCCUCCUCCUUGUAUUUUACAUCUACAAGUUAUCUCUUACAUUUACGAUUAAACUAAUAAGAUGAAAACAAAAGAAUAUGACAUCUA